GGAGUCGCAUGCGGCCGGUCCAGUUGUUGCUUCUUGCUGAUCAUUUACUGAUGUUGGGUCAUUCUCUUGGUUUUACCGUCGCCGGCAAUGAACAUCCAGGGUUGGAGUCACUGACUAAGGAACUCACGGCAUCGGCAAAGGAGCCGGAGUUCUUUGAGUGGACGAGAGGGAUCAGACGGAGGAUUCAUGAGUUUUUCCACAGCUAGGUUUUGAAGAGCACAGAACUAGUGAGAUCAUUCGAGCAGAGCUUGAUUUACUUGGGAUUGAUUAUAAAUGGCGAGUUGCUCACUGUGGUGUGGUCGCUUCCAAUGGAAACGGUGACAAGCCAGUUUUUGCUCUCAGCGCCAACAUGGAUGCCCUCCCUCUUCAGGAAAAGGUAGAGUGGGAGCACAAGAGCAACAUUGACGGGAAGAUGCAUGCUUGCGGCCACGAUUCUCAUGUUGCAAUGCUCCUUGGUGCCACCGAGUUACUCCAUGCCAAAAUUGACACACUUGAGAUAAUCGAAAUGCAGGCAGCAGUGCAUAGGUGCAAUGUCACAAUGGACUUCAUGGAGCACAGACAUCUCCCACAUCCCCCCAUGAUUAACGAAGAAGCAGUUUAUAAGCAUGUCAGGAUGGUUGGAGAACUCUUACUUGGGGAAUCCAAUGUGCACACUUUUCUAGUCACCAUGGGUGCAGAGGAUUUCAGUUCCAUCUCGGGGAAGAUGCCUGCUACAAUUUUUGUCACUGGAAUAAAGAACGAGACUCUGAAAUCAGAUCAGCCACUUCACUCGCCUUAAACUCUCGAUUGAUGAGGAAUCACUCCCUGUUGGUGCAACUCUUAAUGCAGCUGCUGCAAUCUCCUACUUGGAUAGCCACACGAUGCUUGUCCAUUGUGAUGAACCAGAAUCUCCUUUACCUUUUGCAACAACUAUCAUAUAGGAAAGUCCUCAUCUUCAAUAGAGGGCGUAGUCCCUGAUAGAUCUAGUAGUCUUAAAAUAUGCCCUCCCCAUCUUUAUGUGAAGAGAACCAAUCGAAAGAAGUUAGUGGUAACAUUAUGGGGACUGUGCCUCUUACCUGUGCCAUGAUUAACAGUGAAAGCAACUGCAUUCCUGACUUGAGAACUGAAAUGAUGUUCUCCAGCAAACAAGAUCAGUUAGAAUAGGCCACACUGCAGGCGAUAGCUCAAAGGAAGCAUUGCCAGAUGAUCUUUGAACCCUUAUUUAAGGACAGAGAGAACAAAGCCAUUCCCCAUAGCAGGUACCUUGAAUUGUUAUCAUGCAGCAGCAUAGUAGAGUAUUCCAAGAGCAACUAGGUACAAAACCCAAUCAAUUAAGUUUGAAGUCGCAUGUACGUGAAAUUACACAAGCAACGAAAAGCCCAAUCAACAGCAAUGUUUCAGAAGGAGGUGGUUCCCCGUGAAAAAUUGUUGUCCCUCCUUCGGAUUACCUCCAUAUGGACAGAACCACAAAUCUGGAGCAGAAGAUGCUGUCAUUAAGCCAACACCAAGAAUCCACAGUUUAAGCUCUAUACCCAACUGCAACCCAACUUUUCUAAGCCCUCUCUCCUUCAUCUUUUCUCUAAGAAGAGAAACAUCCAACCAACGAUCUGAUGCAGCAUAAAUGUCAGACAGCAGCACAUAAUUCGCGGCAUUUUGUGGUUCAAGCUCAAAUAGUCUAGUGGCAACUUUCUCACCCAACUCAAGAUUAACAUAAAGCUUACAAGCUCCAAGAAGUGCACCCCAAGCACAUGCAUAAGGCUCUAAAGGGCACGAUACUAGAAGCUGGUAAGCAGCUUCAAGCCGUCCUGCCUUACUCAGAAGAUCAACCAUGCAUGCGUAGUGGUCAGGAGUUGGGACUAAGGAGUACUUAUCCGUGAGAGUAGUGAAAAAAUUCCAACCCUCUUCCACAAGGCCAGCUCGACUACAAGCUGACAAAAUCACUGUAAAGGCAACCUCAUCUGGAACCAACCCCUCAUCUAGCAUCCUAUUGAAUAGUUCAAUUGCUUGAUCACCACGCCCAUCAAUUGAAUAUCCUUUUAUCAUAGAACAAUACGUAAUCAGAUCAUGCUGAGGCAUUCUGUUGAACAAUACUUCUGCUCUAGCCAUGUUCCCGCACCUUGCAUUCAUGCCAAUAAGGGCAGCCAUGACAUGAGCUUGACAAGCAUCAAUCGAGGUUUCGCUCAGGUAGUAAUCAACCGAUUUGGCCAAAUCCAAGCUACCUAUCUGUGCACAAGCUGACAUCAAGCUCACCACGAUGAAUUCAUCAGGUUUAACACCCCCAGACUCCAUUUCUUUAAACAUUUCCAAAGCCUGCUUUGGCAUACCAUUUUGAGCAAAUCCCGAUAUCAAUGCUGACCAUGCCACAAUAUCUUUCUCUGGACAAGAUUCGAACAAUGCCAUUGCAGAAGCCAUAUCUCCGGACUUGGCAUAUCCAUCAAUUAAAACAGUAUAAUCAACCACAUUCUUUCGAGGCAUUUCAUCAAACCACUUUCUCGCACCAACAAUGUCUCCGGUUUUGACCAACCCAAUGAUCAUAGCAGUCCAGGAGACCGAAUUCCUCACUGGCAUUCGGCCAAACACAUUCCUAGCAUUGCCCAUGUCCCCAGCAUUUGCAUACCCAGCAACCAGUGCUGUCCAACACACAACGUUUCUAUCUGGCAUUUCGUCGAACACUUUAGCUGCACUUAUCAUCUCAGUACAUUUACCAUAAAAGUCAAUCAAACCCGAACCCACGAACAUGUCAACUGCGACCCCGUAUCUAAUCGCCGACCCAUGAACAAUUUGACCUUCUCUCAACUUACAUUCACGCGAACACAAGGUCAGGAGGGAAGAGAGAGUGUACUCAUCUGGGGACGCACUAUCACUCUUCUUCAUCCUCGUAUAUAGCAGAAAUGACUCCCUGGAACGGGAAUUCCGAGAAUAACCUUUCAACAGAACGUUGUAGAGCAAGGUGGAAGGAGCGACCACUCUGUUGAAAACCGAGGUCGAGUACGAAAGAGACGCCGACAGUGACGUUAAUAGCUUCAGUAAAUUGGAGAUGGUCCAAUGGUCUUGCUCGAGGCCUCUGCAAAUAAUGUGAGCGUGGAACUGCUGAAGAUGGCAAAGGGUUUUGCAGGAUUGUAUCAGAAGACGGAUUGAAGGCCUGGUAGACAACUUCAACAUUGCCUACAUUCAUCUGCCAAAGAAACCGAAACAAACUCCACCGCGGCGGGGAAGGUAAG